AUGGGAGAAGCACCUAACCCAGACUCUCUAGGAAGAGGCAAUGUGACCCGAUGGAAGAGCGGUAGCUUAGAAAACAAUAAAAGUAAAUCCUUCCGCUGUGGUGGCCUUUGGGGAACAGCAGCCGUGGCUCUCCACUGCGCCGUGGCCAGGGGCCUCAACAAGGGCCACAAAGUGACAAAGAAUGGGAGCAAGUGGAGGCGCAGCCGCAGUGGGCGCCUCACCCAGCACACCAAGUUCGUGCAGGACAGGAUCCGAGAGGUGUGUGGCUUUGCCCCCUAUGAGCAGUGCACCGUGGAGCUGCUCAAGGUCUCUAAGGAUGAGAGGACCCCGAAAUUCAUCAAGAAAAGGGUGGGGACACAUGUCCUGGCCAAGAAGAAGAGACAGGAGCUGAGCAAUAUCCUUGCAGCCAGGAGGAAGGCAGCAGCCAAGAAGGACUGCGCCCCAUGCCCUCUGUGUAAUAAAACCCGUUCCGAAAAAAUAAAAAAGAAUAAAAGUAAAAAUAAAAAUGAAGAUGGUCUAAGCUGCAGCCUUCCCGUCCUGGAAAGCUCAGCUCCCUGGGCAUGA